UUUUAGCAUCACAAAUGCUACACUUGACGAGAGGAGUUCACACUGGCCGUGAGCUGCUGGCUCAGCGCUGCUCGAAGCUGGUCGACAGCGUUAUCCGGGUGGACCAUGCUGGGGAGCUCGGUGCGAACCAAAUCUACCGUGGACAGAUGGCAGUUCUUGGACACACCAGGGCGGGUAAAACGAUUCAGCACAUGUGGGAGCAGGAGAAAGCGCACAAGGAAGAGUUCGACCGGCUCAUCAACAAAUAUCGCGUCCGUCCGACGGCACUGCUACCGUUCUGGAAUGUGGCCGGCUUUGCGCUCGGUGCCGGUACGGCACUGCUCGGCGAGAAGGCUGCGAUGGCGUGUACGGUCGCCGUAGAAUCGGUCAUCGUCGAGCAUUACAACGACCAGCUGCGCAAGCUGAUGGACGAUCCGUCCUUUACCGACAAGGAGCUGCUCGAUACGAUUCAGCGCUUUCGGGACGAGGAGCAGGAACAUCACGACACCGGCAUUGAGCAUGGGGCGGAACAGGCCCCGUUCUAUCGUGCGCUGACGGAUGUCAUCAAGUUUGGUUGCCGUACGGCGAUCAAGAUUGCGGAAAAGGUGUAAUAGCUUGUGCGUGUG